AUUUUGUAUCGAGAGGGUUCAUCGUCAACCGUUCGACAGCGCUUCUUUGUAAAAGAGGAAUUUCAUUAUCUGAAUGUCUCUGUCGUGGGGACAUCCAGUGUAUAUGACGUCUUGGACUGCACCUUCAAAUGCAUCUGCAACCCGUUGUGCUUUUCUGUAAACUUGGCUGCCUCCACAGAAGCUGAUGGAGAAGCCUGGUGCGAGUUACUGUCUUCUGAUAAAUACAGGAACAGCACAGAAUACACAGACAGUAGAAAUGCCCACCACUUAUACCUGAAGGUAAAGGAUUUGUCAUUUCACGAAACAUGUUUCGAUUUCUUUUAAUGUUUCUUUAUCAGUGUAUUUUGCUUGACCUUUUAAGAGUGUAUUACACAUUUCCUCUCUCCAGUCCCCUUGCUCUUCCUCGCCAUGUCAAAACAAAGCCACCUGUGUGACGAAUUACAAAUAUGGCUCCUUUGAGUGUCUCUGUAAAGAAGGCUAUGUCGGAAAAUAUUGCGAAAGAGGUGAGGGAAAUCUUUAA